CAAGAGAGCGAUGAUCGUAUAAAUCGAAAUGGCGACUGCUGGGUGUAAUCGUCGUGUUCCCUAGUCCCGUAGCUUUUGCGUACCCACGUAAUAAAGCCUCUUACACGUAUGCGACUGCUUACGCGUGUAGUGUAUUCGGAGGGUAAGGAGUGGCAGUGUCGUUGGAUAAGUGAAGUCGUCGUCGGUCGCGGUUAGAAUCGGCUAGACGGACGCGCAACUAUUCAUCGAGGCAUUACAAUCCGUGUCUAUCGACGUGCUCAUCGAGAGUUCGCGAAGCUGAGGCGGAAGGCGCGGAGCAAACACCCACCAAGGAGUUUGCGAUUAUGAGGCAGUUGACCAACGGUCUGACGUCGCGGUCGAGCGCGCGCUGGAGGUCGAAUUGGCCCAGGACGUAGCAGAGCGAAGCCGUCCUUGUGCAGUCGUCGUGCUUGCACUCAGCCUUGACUUCGAUCGACUGCGUUGACGUGAUACUCGUCAUCCAUGAGUCCAGGGCAGUUGCGCUAUACGCAGCGGCUACUGGCAGAAGCAGCUCCACAGCCCAGCUCUCAAGUGCCUUCCGUCGAUCCUGGAUACGAGCUGCUGCUGCUGCUGCUACCGCAGCCCCUUCUGCCGCUGAAGCUCUGACGUUUAAACAUUGAUUUGGAGCUCAACGUUGCUGCUGCUAUUGCUGUUGCUAUUGCUGCUAUUGCUGCUGUUUCUGCCGUUGCUGCGGAUUUCGUUUUGAUAUCAAGUAGUUGAGCUGUGAAUGAAGGAAUCAUGUCACAGCUUAAUAUAAGUUCUGGAAAGCGAGGCCGUGGCGUCGCUAGCACCUCUACAUCGUCUGUCUCGGCUCUCAGUAGCUCGACAGAUCUGGCUAGUUUGUUCGAAUGUCCUGUGUGCUUUGAUUAUGUUCUACCACCAAUUCUGCAGUGUCAAAGUGGACAUUUAGUUUGCAGUAAUUGCAGACCUAAGCUCAAUUGUUGCCCUACAUGCAGAGGGCCUCUGGGAAAUAUUCGUAAUCUUGCAAUGGAGAAAGUAGCUAGUAAUGUCUUAUUUCCAUGCAAGUAUUCAACUAGUGGCUGCGCAGUAACAUUGGUGCAUACAGAAAAACCUGAUCAUGAGGAUACCUGUGAAUUCCGUCCGUACAGUUGUCCCUGCCCAGGUGCCUCUUGUAAAUGGCAGGGAUCUUUAGAAUUGGUUAUGAAUCAUCUCGUAAUGAGCCAUAAAAGUAUCACAACCCUUCAAGGUGAAGACAUUGUUUUCUUGGCCACCGAUAUUAAUUUACCAGGAGCAGUGGAUUGGGUAAUGAUGCAGUCCUGCUUCGAACAUCACUUUAUGCUUGUACUUGAAAAGCAAGAAAAGUAUGAUGGACACCAACAAUUUUUUGCCAUUGUUCAACUCAUUGGUUCAAGAAAGCAAGCAGAAAACUUUGCUUACAGAUUGGAACUAAACGGCCAUCGGCGACGAUUAACUUGGGAGGCGAUGCCCCGCUCAAUUCACGAAGGUGUUUCGUCGGCCAUCCUCAACUCGGACUGCCUCGUCUUCGAUACCUCGAUCGCUCAACUCUUUGCCGAUAAUGGCAAUCUCGGUAUUAACGUCACCAUAUCGAUGGUAUGAGGCAAAGCUACGUCAUCCUCCGGAUUUUGAAUUUCUCACGCCUAUGACAGUGCUGAUAAACGACACUUGGUGUGAGUGUUCGGUAAUUGAAUAAACAGAGGAUCAAAACUACAAAAUUUUGAUACGAUUGUGUAUGAAUAAUGAGUAUAACUCAAAAAACAUUAUAUACAUAGACAUGUAUUGACUUUGAUCGAAAAAUACUAGAGAACACGAGUGUUUGUGAUACUAACUUUCUAUAAAAGAAAAAGAAAAAACAAACAUAUAGUAUAUAUCAUUCGUUUUGCAUUUUUUCGUUUCUUAUUUCCAUACAGUUUCUUAAAAAUAAUUACUUCUCCAAGAUUUCAAUUUUAAUAAAU